CUGUCCGGGUACUUCUGCUACGUGUUCGCCAAGUUCGCGUGCAAGAUCCGCAUCCAGCCGGCGGGCCUGGCGCUCCCCGUGAACCUGGCGGUGCCGGUGGCGGUGUCCCUGCUGGUGGCGGCGUGCGGCCUCAGGAACACCGACCCCUGCGUCUUCCGCGGCCUCGCGCCCGGCUACCUGGCCUUCGCCGCGCCCGGCCUCUACGACCUGGAGGACUUCGUCGUCAACCAGCACGCGUGGGUGUGGCUGCCGUGGCUGGUGUCCCAGAUGUGGGUCACGGCGCAUCUGUGGGACCCUCAGGCGGACGCGCUGGCCAGCACCGACAAGCUGUUCGUCACGCCGCUCUACAACUCGCUGCUCGUCGACCAGAGUGUGGCCAUGAACCGCAAGCGCAACGACAAGGACGUGUCAGUCAGGAGGGAGGAUCUGGGGGAGAUCUCAAAGGAGAACGACAUGCUGGACGACGACGAGAUCAUGGACGAGGAGCACGCCGUGAAGAGCAACGUGGAGUUCAUGACGCAGACCCUGCAGAGCCCGCACGUCAAGCCCAUGGACUACGUGACGCGCUUGUACGCGUGCGCCACCAUGUGGCACGAGACCUACGACGAGAUGACGUGCAUGAUCAAGUCCCUGCUGCGCCUGGACGUCGACCAGGCGAUCCGCAAGUUCCUGCAGAAGGACCUGGACCUCGUCGACCCCAACUACUACGAGUUCGAGACCCACAUUCUGUUCGACGACGCCUUCGAGACGAAGAAGGGCGACGACGCGGGGGAGCGCGUGGUCAACAAGUGGGUGAAGGAGUUCAUGAAGUGCAUGGAGGACACGGUGGAACGGUUUCACGGCGUGCGCCUGCAGCCGCCCACCACCAUCCCCACGCCGUACGGCGGCCGCCUCGUCUGGACUCUGCCCGGCAGGAACAAGAUAGUCGUGCACCUCAAGGACAAGAACAAGAUCAGGACCAGGAAGCGCUGGAGUCAGGUGAUGUACAUGUACUAUCUGCUGGGACACCGCAUCAUGGAGCUGCCCAUACACAUCGACCGCAAGGCGGUCAUCGCGCAGAAUACCUACAUCCUGGCCAUGGACGGAGACAUCGACUUUCAGCCUCAGGCCGUGCACUUGCUCAUAGACCUCAUGAAGAAGAACGAUACUCUGGGUUCGUCCUGUGGGCGUAUACACCCCAUCGGCGCAGGAGCGAUGGCUUGGUACCAGAAGUUCGAGUAUGCCAUCGGUCACUGGUUGCAGAAGGCGACCGAGCACAUGAUCGGCUGCGUGCUGUGCAGCCCCGGGGCUUUCUCGCUGUUCAGGGCAAGGGCGCUGAUGGACCAGGGCGUCAUGAAGCGGUACACCUUCACGGCGACCGAGCCAAGGCACUACGUGCAGUUCGACCAAGGCGAGGACCGGUGGCUGUGCACAUUGCUGCUGCAGCAGGGAUACCGCGUCGAGUACUCUGCCGCCAGCGACGCCUACACGCACUGCCCCGAGAGCUUCGACGAGUUCUACAACCAGCGGCGUCGCUGGGUGCCCUCCACCAUGGCCAACAUCUUCGACCUGCUGGCCAGCUACAAGCAGACCAUCAAAAUCAACGACAACAUCUCCGCGCCCUACAUCUUCUACCACGUCGUUAUGAUGGCUGGCUCGAUACUUGGUCCAGGAACCAUAUUCCUUAUGCUGGUUGGUGCAUUUGUUUCGGCUUUCAAGAUCGGAAACUUCGCGAGCAUGCAGUACAACCUCCUGCCAGUCAUUAUAUUCCUCUUCUGCUGUGGUGUUUUUAGCGCAAAAGUUCAGCUGUUCGUUGCGAUGGUGAUCAGCAGCCUGUACGGUCUGGUGAUGAUGGCCGUGGUGGUAGGAAUCGCCAUCCAGAUCCAGCAGGAUGGGUUGACGGCCCCGUCGUCCAUCUUCUUCUUCAUGUUCCUCGGCGAGCUGGUGAUCGCCGCCUUGCUGCACCCCAAGGAGAUCGGCUGUCUGCCCGCCAUCCUCAUCUACUACGUCACUGUGCCCAGCAUGUACAUGCUGCUCAUCAUAUUCGCGCUCUUCAACAUGAACAACAUCACGUGGGGCACCAGGGACUCCCCGACCGCCGCCCAGCCCGGCAAGACCAAGAAGCAACUGGAGGAGGAGAAGAAGGCGCAGGAGGAGCUGAUGAAGAACAAGAAGAAGAACCCCGUGCUGGGCUUCCUGCAGAGGGACGGACAGGACAGCGCCGAGGACGGCUCCAUCGAGUUCUCUGUGGCGGGUCUGUUCCGGUGCAUGUGCUGCACCCGGCCCAAGGCCGCCGACGACCAGCAACAGCUGCAGCGCAUCGCCGAGUCCCUGGACGGCCUCGGCAAGAAGCUGGACUCCUUGGAGAGGAGGAUGAACCCAGCGCCCAUCCCGCCCCGCCAUCGCAACAGCAUCAACAUCAACGGCCAGAUCCGGGAGCUGAACGACGACCCCGAGGACCACGAGGCAUCCGACUCCGAGAGCUUCGACGGAUUGAGCGCUGUCAAGAGAGAAGAUCAUAUUAAUCCAUACUGGAUCUCAGCUCUCGACGUGAAAGGAAAUGUCCACUUUCUUAGCGACGUUGAGCAAAUCUUCUGGAACGAGCUGAUAGACAAAUACUUAUUCCCUCUGGACGAAAACAAAGAAGAAAAGGCGAAGACGGAGAAGGCCCUGAAAGAGCUGCGCAACAAGUGCGUGUUCGCCUUCCUGAUGCUCAACGCGCUGUUCGUGCUGGUGAUAUUCCUGCUGCAACUGAACCAGGACACCAUCCACCUCCACUGGCCGCUCGGCGUCACCAACACCAUCUCAUUCAACAGCACCGCCAAUGAGGUGCAGAUAGUGAAGACCUACCUGACGCUGGAGCCCAUUGGCAUCCUGUUCGUGGCCUUCUUCGCCGUGGUGCUGGUGGUUCAGUUCGUGGGCAUGCUCAUGCACCGCUUCAGCACCUUGUCGCACCUGCUGGCCUCCACCAGGGUUUCCUGCGGCAGCAAGGAUGCGCUGGACAUGAACGAGGGGAUCAUCACCGAGGAGCUCGUCAACUUCACCAAGGAAUUCAAGCUGGAUGACGUCAACAACCCCAACGACGACAGGAAGAAGUCGACAGUGGAGAACGCGAGGAGGUCCACCAUCCACAACCUCAUUCCCAGGAACCAGCAAGAGAUGAUCGCAGAGACAAUAGACGCGGGUCUCACGCAUGCUUUGGACCACAUAGAAAAGUUUGCAGAAAAGCGCAAGUUCACGGCGAGGCGAGACACGCUGAGCAAGCUGGCUGCCCGGAGGUCGACCGUGACUACCCGCAGGCAGUCCCAGAUGGCGGCGAUGCGCGCCUCGCAGAUGUCCGUGGCCUCGCAGCUGCGCGCCUCGCAGGUGUCCGCGAAGCCGGGCCGGCAGGUGGGCUUCGUGAACCGCGCCUUCGACCCCGACCCGCGGGAUCUGGUGUAGCGCCUCCAGGGGUGGUUGCCUCAGUGGCGUCCGUGCGACUGCCCCCGUUGGCUGCUCAGACCUAGCCCGACCACCAAGUCGCAGAAGACCUGCCACGUCCAGAGACCACGCCACCUGCAAGAAAUACAACCUCAAGCCAGACUUCUUCAACCGCGACCAGCGGGAUCUGGUGUAGCGCCUCCAGGGGUGGUUGCCGCGGUAGUGUCCGUGCGACUGCCCCAUUGGCUGCUCAGACCUAGCCCGACCACCAAGUCGCAGAAGACCUGCCACGUCCAGAGACCACGCCACCUGCAAGAAAUACAACCUCAAGCCAGACUUCUUCAACCGCGACCAGCGGGAUCUGGUGUAGCGCCUCCAGGGGUGGUUGCCGCGGUAGUGUCCGUGCGACUGCCCCAUUGGCUGCUCAGACCUAGCCCGACCACCAAGUCGCAGAAGACCUGCCACGUCCAGAGACCACGCCACCUGCAAGAAAUACAACCUCAAGCCAGACUUCUUCAACCGCGACCAGCGGGAUCUGGUGUAGCGCCUCCAGGGGUGGUUGCCGCGGUGGCGUCCGUGCGACUGCCCCAUUGGCUGCUCAGUCCUAGCUCGACCGCCAAGUUGCAGAAGACCUGCCACGUUCAGAUACCACGCCACCUGCAAGAAAUGCAACCUCAAGCUAGACUUCUUCAACCCCGACCAGCGGGAUCUGGUGUAGCGCCUCCAGGGGUGGUUGCCGCGGUAUUGUCCGUGCGACUGCCCCAUUGGCUGCUCAGUCCUAGCUCGACCACCAAGUUGCAGAAGACCUGCCACGUCCAGAGACCACGCCACCUGCAAGAAAUGCAACCUCAAACAACCUCAACUUCUUCGAGAGCGGCCACUUCCGGAUGAAGUCAUCACCUCAGCCCCGACUGGGCUCUCGGAACUCGCACAGUACUUGCAGGUUUUUUUAAGAGACCGGGACACCUCUCCCGUUCACUUGGCGACAGGGUUAGCUUCAAUAGUUACUACGUUUUCUCUUGGUCAAUUUACCAAUUUCUUGUUCAUCAGAUGUGUGUAGGUUGACCAUCAGACAGAGACAACCCCUUGUAAGAAACAAUCACAUGCAAACCAGUGAAAAUUCUAAAAUACCAGCCAUCAAACAGAUUAUAUCUACCGAUGAACCCUCAAUAAUUCCUAUUCUAUGGACAUACAGCAUUGCUGAUUUUUACCGUAUGUCAUGGAGAAACCACUAUAAUGUGAUUUUACGUUCUUGUGGUUUCUCUAUGACAAACGGUGAAAACCAGCAAUAGUGUGUGUCCAUAAAAAUCAAGAAUAUCGAGCAGAUUUUUCCAGUAGCUAUCAAUAAACGAGUGUGGAUUGAGUGCCUUGUGCGGUGUAUCCGGCCUGAGUCCGGCAAGAAGGCAGUUGUAGCGUGGCGGAGCUUUGGUUCUGUGUUGAGCAGCGAUCUGGGCUCAAACACUCGAUACUUCCGCGACUUGGACGUGAUGUCUGGAACUCUGAGUUGUCGGUGCUACGAAGCAGUGUCAGUGACAGAAGACAUUCAAGCUAAAUAAACACAAGUGUUUGGGUUGAUUUUGCUGUUAAAGUAAUGAUUUCCUAUUAAUUAUAGAAUAUUGUACAAAUUUUCCAUUUUUUUCCGCCAAAGUUUGUACUUCCUUUAAUUUUUCUUUGAAAUAGGGCCUGUUAUGUAAAAGUAUGAACCUCCU